AGUUCGCAUUUGCUCGUUCGACAAUGCAAAGGUUUUAAAAGUUGGUUGAAAAAUAAAGUGAGAAUAAGUGAAAUAAAGUUAUUUUUGUGAAGUCCUGUUUCCAAAUUAAUGAUGAAAUCGUAUUCCUGGAUACUUGUCCUAGUGAUCUUCGUGGAGAUCUUGGCAAUAAGUGAAGGGAUCUACGAUCCCACUAACAGUGGCGUGAAAAAUCGUCCCAUUGUUCGUGAACCACUCAACAGACGACCCUAUGAGCGUCUGCAGGAAUACCCGACACCAGCUCCAGAGCCUGGUGUCACGAUCCAUGAUCAGUACAGUCAGGUAUCAAUGCAGCGAUCAGGGAGACAUUUUGGUCGCAGCGAUAGUUCGCAUGUGAUGAGAAUUGCGCGCCCUGGCUCUGCGGAGCCUACGCAAUCACCGGAAGAGACGCGAGAACCUCUUGCUCAGUUUCAGCUCCGUCCUCCGAAUCAGGCAACCCCUCAAUCCUUCCAGGCUCGCACUGGACCAGAUGACACAGAAAAUGAGGUAGGAGUGAGUUAUGGAACAGAAUGUCCAGCUUAUGCUACAGGACAAUUUCCCUACGUUAUGGAUUGUCGGCAAUUCUUGAAUUGCUGGAAGGGUCGUGGUUACAUACAGAGUUGUCCACCUGGUACCCUUUUCAAUCCUGAGACUAGCGUAUGUGAUCAACCAUCGAAGGUGGUUUGUGUGACCUUUGAUACACCCCAAACUCACACGGAAGCCCCUGCUCAACGUCAAAGACCUUAUGCCCGGCUGGAAUUUCCUCCACGAGGUCAGAAUCCCACGACAAUUCAAAGCCGCGGAUUCGGGGAUUCCCCAACAGUUCAGGGAGAAGUUAAAUGUGCUCCAGGGUCAUCUGGUUUAACAGAACAUCCCUAUGAUUGCACGAAAUUUCUGAAUUGCGCCAACGGUGUGACUUACAUUCAGGAUUGUGGUCCAGGAACUGUUUUCAAUCCCAUUUUCAAUGUCUGCGAUUGGCCUCACAAUGUCGAUUGUGGUUCCAAAUCUCUGCCUGAUGACCAGUCAGGAAAUAUUCGUCAGCCGGACUACGGUGAAGGAAAGAUUGAUAUGCGAACACAAUUUGAUGAUCUUUCUGGAUCUGGAAGUUCACAUUCGAGGAAUAUUUACAAUAGACCUCAGUAUCCUGGUCAUUCGCGUGGAAGUACUACUGAUAAUCCUCAAUCUGUACUUUUGCCGUCUUUAGAUCUGCAACCACCACGGGAGAAUCCCACUCAGGGACGUCAGUAUCCUUCUUAUGAUCGUACGAAGGGUGGUCGAACUGGUGAUGGUUACAAUCCACAGUCUCAGGGCAAUCAACCUGAGUAUGGAGAUCCCAACAGGAAGUAUCCAAUUUACAAUGGACAUACAGGUCCUGGUGGACAGUACAAUCCUCAGAGACCUGGUGGACAGUACAAUCCCCAAGGAUCUGGUGGGCAGUACAAUCCACAAGGAUCUAGUGGGCAGUACAAUCCCCAAGGAUCUGGUGGACAAUACAAUCCCCAAGGAUCUGGUGGACAAUACAAUCCCCAAGGAUCUGGUGGACAGUACAAUCCCCAAGUACCCGAGGGACCGUAUAAUCCUCGAGGAUCUGGUAGAAAGUACAAUCCUCAGGGAUCUGGCUCACAGUAUAAUCCCCAAGCUAUCGAGAUUCCAUCGCUAGACCUUGAGCCUCCGAAAGAAUCCGAAAAACCAGGACAACAAAGUAACUCUCAGUAUCCAAUUUAUACGCGUCCUCAGAGUUCCCAUCACUCUGGUACUCCAUCGGAUACUCUGCAGCCUCCACCGUACCCCGAACAAAAUACACGACAAUUGACUCAAUCCAGCAGAGGCGGUGAAGAUCCCGACUCCAGGACAUUUGUUAUUGGUCUUAUUCCACCACCUUCCCAAAGUUCCUCACGGCAAAAUACCAAAUGGUCAGACUCUGAGCAGAGAAUUGUGAAUCAGUGGCAACUCCCUUGGCAAGAGACUUCCACUGAGAGGCCUGAAGCUGAAGUUACUGUAACAUUUUUCCCCUCCUACAAUCGGGAGUACUAUAACAAUCAGCAGACUCCUCCUCCAACAUCCCAUUCUCACCAGAAUCAACUCCCAGUAAGUGAAGCCCUCCAGGCUCUUUUGAGACCCUACAUGCGAGGAUCUCAUUCUUCCUCAAUGGACAUGACAAAUCUCACUAAUAUCCUCCAAACUACCCUGCCACCGAUGACCGGAGAGCAGGAAAGUCUGGCUCAAGGAGGAGAGUGGAAGCCACUGCCACAGGGACCAUCAGAAUCCGAAGAGGAAGUUGUGCUGCCACCUGGUCAUAGUCGUGAAUGGCAUCGUGCUCAUCCGCAUGUCCCACUGCCCGGUCAACACAAUGAUAAUGAUCAGUUUCCGGAUGGCACAGUAAUGCCACCUGGACACAGUCUCGAAUGGCAUCGUGCUCAUCCGCAUGUCCCACUUCCUGGUCAACACAAUCAUGGCCAUCGUCAUCAUGGACGUUUCGGCCCACAUGGUCAUCAUCACCAUCGUGGUCAUCACCGUCCUCAUCACCAUUCUCAUCAUCAACAUCAUCAUCAAAGGGAGCCUGAAAGUACGACUCCCACCACAGAAACCCUUUCAACACCAGAUCCAUCCGUCAAUAUAAGAUUUGGAUCGGCUUCCACGCCAGGUUUCAUGCCUCUUCAUCCUUCAGUGUCCAGCCAAAUAGGAGCAACCCUAUGCGUGGGGCAGUUCAACUGCUCUAACGAAUUCUGUGUCUCCCAGGAUGCAGUUUGUGAUGGGAAGAACGAUUGCGGGAACUGGAAGGACGAAUCAGAUUGUGAUCAUAUUGGCUUUGAAAUGAGACUUUCCGGAGAUCAAGGAGCUGCCCAUGAGGGUAGGGUGGAAGUUAAGGUAUUUGGUCAAUGGGGCUAUGUUUGUGAUGAUAAAUUCGACAUGCGGGAUGCAGAUGUGGUAUGCAGAGAGCUUGGAUUCCCUCUUGGAGCAGCCGAAGUACGUGGGAAUUCAUUCUAUCCACCUCAUCAGAACAUGCUCCGUGGCGAGGAUAGUGCCAUCUUUCUCGUGGAUGAGUUGGAUUGCCGUGGAAAUGAGAAGUCUAUCAGGGAAUGCGAUUUCAGCGGUUGGGGUGUUCAUGAUUGCAAUGCUGAGGAAGUUGUUGGGGUUGUGUGCAAAGUUCCUGUGAUGACCUGCCCUCUGGAUUAUUGGUUGUGCGAUACUUCGCAGGAAUGCAUCCCUAUUGGCUUUCUCUGUGACAAUGUACCUGAUUGCACUGAUCACUCAGAUGAGGAUCAGCGCCAUUGUGCAGCUCCCGUGGAAAUCCGAUUAGUCGGAGGCCAGAAUCGGCUAGAAGGACGUGUGGAAGUAAAGUACCGUGAGAUUUGGGGCACAGUAUGUGAUGAUGAUUUCAAUGCAGAAGAAGCAGCUGUUGUCUGUCGCUCAUUAGGCUAUCAUGGACCAUCCUACGUGCUCAAGAAUACUUUCGGUCCGGGAACUGGAAUCAUCUGGCUGGAUCAGGUUGAUUGCAUUGGUAAUGAGACAUCGUUGGAAGAAUGCUCGCAUUGGCACUGGGGAGAACACAAUUGUGCUCAUACCGAGGAUGUCGGAAUCCGGUGUUCUCACGGAGAACCAACUCAGUACAGUGUCAGACAUCAGAGUUCCCUCCAUCAGCAAUAUGGCCAACAAUUGGACUCAAGAAUAUCAUUGGAUGCCCCAGAGGGCACUAUUAAAGUCCAGUUCCCACCAACUGAAUGUGGAAGAGUGAAAGUAACACCCACGGAGAAUGAAUGGGGCAGGCAGGUUGGAUUCAAAGUUAUAAACGGAUCACAUGCACAGCGUGGAUUUCAUCCCUGGCAGGCUGCAAUUCGAGUUCGUGGAUCUGGAAAAUCUUCUCACUGGUGUGGAGCUGUCCUUAUAUCUGAGCAGCACCUCCUAACCGCAGCCCAUUGUCUAGUUGGUUAUUCCAAGGGAGCACUGUUCAUCCGGCUAGGAGAUCAUCAUGCCGAAGUGACAGAACCAGAGGAAGUUGAGAGUUACAUUGAGAACUUCUAUGUGCACGAAAACUUCCGUGGAGGCGGACAGCACAUGAAUAACGACAUUGCUAUUAUUGUACUGAAGAAGCCAGUGGCAUAUACCGAUCAUAUCCAACCGAUCUGCCUGCCCACGAAGAAUACCAUCUACUUUCCGGGAAUGACGUGUACAAUUUCAGGCUGGGGAUCAAUUCAAUCAGGAAAAUCAAAUGUUUCAGCUUCAGCCCUGGAGCUCAGAGCUGGGACCGUACCUAUUCUCUCCAAUGACAUCUGCCGAGAACCUCAUGUGUACGGGAACAAGAUAACUGAAGGGAUGUUCUGCGCUGGUAGUCUUGAUGAAGGAAUUGAUUCGUGUAUGGGUGACUCCGGUGGUGGACUUGUAUGCCAAAGCGAAGGAAUCCACAAGUUGUAUGGGAUCAUAUCCUGGGGUCACCACUGCGGCUAUGCCAAUAAACCCGGUGUAUACGUGAAGGUAGCAGAGUAUAUCGAUUGGAUUUGGGACAAACUCAACGGAACAUCCAGUUCGACUCUCUGAGAGAAUAAGCGAGUUAUUUAUAUACUUACUUCUUGUAUUUAAUAAAAUUUUGCCCGUUAUUGGACUGUAGAUAGAGAGAAAAUUUAAAA